AUUGUUGUGUAAAUGGUGCCAGCAUAUAAUACUUUCGCACCACAGUAGGUCUUACGGAUUACAAUUACUUGAUCGCCACGCAAGUCCUGAUAAUCGACUGCUUAGUCCUUCGCGGCAACGAUGCUUAGCCAGCUCAGCCCGUCUCUACGCACUGGUCGCCAUGCAUUUACUUCGGCACAACGUCCUGUCAACCCACGUCCACUUGUGCGCACCCAGGCAUACGUCGAUGCAUCUACAAGCUACGCCGUGCUGCAGCAAGGCAUAGCAUACGCUGUGGUGCUGGGCGCGGAAGCCGCAUACACUCGGUCACAACUACCCGAAGGCACCCCCGGCAGGCCCGCAGUGCUGCCGAUAGCGGGCGGAGUGGCGGCAACUGGCCUGGCGUGCGGGCUGGUGUCCCUCCACAACGAGCAGCUCGCCACACCGGCCUUCCUGCUGGGGCUGCUGGCCUCGCUGGCGAUGUUCCUCUACGCCGCAAAACGAACAACGGAGACCAAGCAAGAUGAUUCGGACUGGCCCGGACCCAAGGUGUGGCCGGCGGGGAUGACCCUCGUGAGCUUCUUCGCGCUCAACGUCUUCAUCCAGGCCUUGCGGGCCGAGCUCUAGACAGCGGCGCUGCAUUUGAGACAAGCAGCCCCUGCUAUCCAUGUGGCCUCAGCUGCGUUAAGCGCCAUGAUGGAAGCCCACAUUUUGGAGAGCCUCCGGGCGCGGCUAGUGGCAGACGGAUGGCAGGCAGACAAGGAUCGGCAGCUGGGGGUCGUGUUGAGCAGCACCGCUGUGGUGCUGCUAGAGGGGCAUGCAGGCUAAGGCCAUGUUAGUCAAGAGGUGGCUGCCGCAGGUGGUGUUGAUGCGCUGCUGGAUUGGGUGGUGCAGUGGUGCAGGCGUUGCUCUGGCAGAGGUGGUUGCCGCGGGCGCAGGGUUAGCAGGUAGCGGAUGCAGGCUGUACGGCAGGUGCUAUUGCUGCCGCAGGGGGCAAUGCCAGAGGAAGCGCGCUGUGCGUUGCUCGUGUGCGCCAUAACAGCUCGAAGUGCACUCAACCAACGGCAGCCGCUUUAUGUGAGGGUGGGUGCCUUGUGCCGCGGGGAGAAGGAGUCACUGCACAGGGUCCACACGCUGCCGUGCUUUGCAAGCGGAGAAUGCUGCGCUACAGAAUGCUGGCGGAGCACGGGUGCUGUCGUCAACACGAUUUGUGUCAUUCUUAGGACAACCUGGCAGGGUGUGUGAGGGCAUGUGAUGUUUGUGGUGUACUAUGCUCUGGGAUGCUUGAGUAGUGUCUAUGACUUGCUUUGUCAUCCUAAUCGGCGCAAGGUCUCCAAGCAAGGGAUCAGGCACACUACUUCAGCUGUAA